AUGCCGAGAGUAGUUCUAGAAUCCAAUUCGGGGCAAGUGGACUCAAUAUUCUUACAACCAUGGAUAAAGCCAUUAAUUGAUGAUAAUUCCGAUCAUCAUCAUCAUCAACUUCCUUCUGAUCAUGUGAUUCCGGCCUUGGCCCAGCAAGACUUGGCACUUCCGCACAUGUGCCCACAAAUCCUGACCAACCCAUAUCAUUUUGCAAGAAUUACAAGAUUCUAUAACGUUUGCGAUUAUAGAGUGUACGCAUCGAUAAGAGAUUCCGCUCAUCAAAUACUUAGUUGA